GGGAGGCGGGGACUCAGUGCAGCAACAGCAGCAGCAGCGGCGGCGGCGGCGGUACUCUCUGUGUCUCUGUACACCAUGCUGCCCUGGAGGAAGAGCAAGCUGCUCCUGUUGGAUGAGGAAAACCGGGCGAAGGCGAAGAGUUUACCGGGCAGCGGUCUGAGCUACAGCUCGCUGCUGUCCUCCUUGGUGCGGGCAUGCCCUGGCAUUUGGCCCCAGUGCCCGCUGCCCAGGCUCGGGAACAUGUUCAGGAGCAGGCGGCAGAAGCUGCAGCUGACCCGGGACGCCCCGAGCUACACGGUCUGGUACCUGGGUAACGCGGUGACCUUUACCGCCCGGGGGGAAGGCUGCACCGAGCAGGCAGUGGCCAGGAUCUGGGCACGGUGUGAGCAGGGCACUGCGGGCACCAAAAUGAAGCUCACCAUUGGCCCUCACGGCAUCCGGAUGAGGCAGGCGGAAUACAAAUGCAAACAGAGCGGCCACUUGUACCUUCUGCACCGGAUCACGUCCUGCGCUGCGGACGGGCAGCGGAGGCGGGUGUUAGCCUGGGUUUACCGGCACCAGGUGAAGCACAAGGCGGUGGUGCUGCGAUGCCACGCCGUGCUGCUGUGUAAAGCCGCCCGGGCCCAGGAGCUCGCCGCCCAGCUCCAGCAGCUCUCCCGCUCUGCCUUCGCCGACUUCAAGCGGCUCAAGCGGCAGGACGAUGCCCGGCACCGGCAGCAGCAGCGGCUCGGCCAGGGCAUGGUGCCCCUGGUGCCCAUCAGGAAGCUCCUCAACAGUCAGUGCCCAUACCGACCUCCCCUGGAGCGGGCCCGCAGCGGCCUCAGGUUAAUGCCCAUCGCUGAGGAUGUGGCCGGGGAAGAGCAGGAGGAGCGCGGGCUGGAGCCUGCCACUGACUCUGGGAUCACCAACGUGUGCCACCAACUCAGCUCCUGGCACAUCGACCCCUCCCUGCACCAGCCUCCCCGCCUGUACCCUCUCCCCUUGGGCCAGGCACUAGGCACAGCCCGGGAGCGGGUGGACUGA